CUGGGCGGUCCCGAUUGGCGCAGCCGGCGCACGUGGGGCCGCCCUCACGCCUCGGCGCUGGCCGCGCGGCGGCUACCGCCGUGGGGCACAGCACGGCACAGCACGGCACGGCACGGCACGGCGCUCCGCGGGGGUCUCCGCGGGUCUGCGCGCACCGCCCACGCCUGCGGCGAGGAGAGGAGCCUAUCCGUCGGAAAGAUAUAUAUUCAGAUCACCUCUUGUAUGCAGGCGGGGGUGAUGGUUUUUCUCAUAGAAGAAGCUCUCUGAAAUCUUCUGUUAAUGUGUAACGCUGAGAGUACCAGGAAACGAUUCUCUAAAAAUGCAGUCUAUUAAGAGAGCAACGGUCUGUUAUAUCUGUGAUCUACAAUGAAUGCCAAAUCUGCAAUCAGCAAAGAAAUUUUUGCCCCACAUGAUGAAAGGAUGCUGGGAGCUGUCCAAGUGAAAAGAAGAACAAAAAAAAAGAUUCCUUUCCUAGCUACUGGAGGUCAGGGUGAAUAUUUAACAUACAUCUGUUUGUCAGUGACAAACAAGAAACCAGCUCAAGCAUCUAUUACGAAGGUGAAGCAAUUUGAAGGGUCCGCAUCAUUUGUCAGGAGAACGCAAUGGAUGCUCGAGCAGCUUCGCCAGGUCAAUGGUAUAGAUCCUAAUCGGGAUUCCCCAGAAUUUGAUUUACUAUUUGAAAAUGCUUUUGACCAGUGGGUAGCAAGUACAGCUUCAGAAAAAUACACAUUCUUUCAGGUUCUACACAACACUUGUCAGCGCUACCUUACAGACAAGAAGCCAGAAUUUAUCAAUUGCCAAUCUAAAAUUAUGGGAGGAUUUGGGAAACAGAGAGAAUGGACCAUGUGGACUCCGAGGUCAAUGAGGGAAGAGAGGAGGAGAUGUGCUGGAGCAGAGACUCUACUGCAUCCUGCAGAGAGGACUGGAAACAGCAUACUCCAUUCAGCAGCAGACAGUGUGACAAGUGCAGUACAGAAGGCAAGUCAAGCUUUGAAUGAGCGGGGUGAAAGGCUCAGCCGAGCAGAAGAAAAGACAGAGGAGCUGAAAAACAGUGCUCAGCAGUUUGCAGAAACUGCACACAAGCUUGCCAUGAAGCACAAAUGCUGAGAUACUGCCCAAAGCUGAAGUCUUCCCAAGAGAAACUGGAAAGGUUACGUUCAGCAGUUCUUACAGGAGAUGCAGAAUUCUGUGUGCUUUUUUCUUCCAGUUCAGCAGAGAUGCAUUCUUUCAGUUUUUUGCAGGGAAAGUGUUGCAUUUCUACUGUUUUUGAACUUACUUUUAUUUAUCUUUUGUAAUAUUGCUACACAAUCCUGCAGUACUUUGUACCUGUAUUUUAGUUGUUACAGGAGUGAAAGCAAACUGGAUAACUGGACCAAAUAACAAACUGAUCAGGAUUAAAAUAGUAAUACUCUUCCCAUUUGUACAGAAAAUUAUUUAACUGGUCGUGGAUGUAUAUGUGGAAAUAAAACUCAAAGAAAGGUAUCUUUUUCUUCAUUUUAUGUAGCAUCAGCAGAAUGUGAAUGUUGGAAUUGAACACCUGGGAUUAUUAAAUGUUGUGGAGAUUAGACUGUUUAGUCCUGGGAAACAGAAAAGCUCGUUUCUUCUACUCUGUGUAGGAAGUUUUACAUUUGCCAUCACCAGCAUUCAGAAAUGCAUAUCAGAAUUUCACUGGGGAACCAGUGAUGCAUUUGAAUAUUUCUAUUUUCCCUUCUGGAUUGAUUGUAUGAAUACUAUAAUGAAAUCUACAGAAUGUGUGCUUGAGGCUUCAAAAUUAAGGAAAAAAAAGUAAUUUUACAUCUAUACACACAUAGCUGUGCCUCAAACACAGUCUAGAAUUUAGCAAUCUGGUAUAAAAUAACAUUUCAUUUUUUUUAUUAUGAUUCUGUGGCUGAAGGUCUAUGUAAAUGAGGAUGCAAAGGCCUGGGAAAGUGAGAAUGAACCAUUUUCCAAGUCAUCUGUUCUUCAUAAAUUGUAUAGUAAGAAUUUUUUGGGUACACUUUUACAUUAGCUAGUUGUCUUGUUUUUAAAACAUGAAAAGCAUGUCUUGGUUCAUUAGAAUCAUAACUUCUAGUUUGGAUCUCAGUUUUCAAUAUACAUCCUCACUGGAAGGGUGACUCUGCUUCAUUCUGUAUUCACUAUAUGUAAUAUGUGCACUGUAUUCUCUUAGAAAAGUAAGUAGGUUACUCCUUUGCUUCACAACUGUAUAUUAACAUUUUUUUAAGAUGUUCCAAUAUGCUUCUAGAAUGAAGAAAAAAAGAAAAAAAAGAUACUGCACUGUUUUUUUUUCUAAACCUGUAAGCUAGAAACAGGAAUAUUGUAGCAGAAGUUUCUUCUGAAGAUACCUGCUCUUAAUUUCUAUCCUCAUCUUACUGGAGAGCCAGAAAGCUGGCAUUAUAUGAAUAUACUGCAGCUUUUACUUUCAAUGGAGAAUAUGAUUUUUCCAUUAUUAAUGACACUUUAAACACUCUAAAAUACUCAGAGCAGCACUUCUAAGAGAGAUAAAAGCUUCUGUAGUAACUGAGAAUAUUUUAGUUACUGGUUGAAGUAACUGAAAAUCUCUUGGAAAUGUCUACUUUGUAGAAAGAUACUUGGCUUUAGGAGAACUUUCUCAUUUGAGCUAAGAACACUAUCUAGUUAACUGAUUGCAUUAAAACUUUCUAUCUGUGGGGGUUUUCCUGUAAUUUAAACUGUUUUGUACAAAGCUUUUUAUUUAAUUUCACACUGGGAAUUGAGAGGAGGUAAAUUUAUCAUCUGUAUAGUACUAUACAAUCAUUUAGAUCUGUUUAGCAUCAGCACUGUCAAUUGAAAAGGAAUUUGUCCACAUCUGUUAUAAGUCAAAAGAGGCUUAUUAACGACAUGUUCGGAACAACCAUUUGAGCUACGUACAAUUAAUGCUUGCUCAGUAAACAUCAGGAGCUAUCCAAGCACUAUUGUAAUGACUAUGGGUAGUUCUGCAAAUUAACCAGGAUAACAGUCCUUCAUUUGAAGUUAAAUGUCUCCUAAAGACAAAACAUUAGGCUAUUCUUUUAAAAAUAGCUGCAUUAUAAAUUAGUUGAGGUACAUAUUUACUACAUAGAUAUCUUCCGUUGAUAUCUUCUGUUUCCACUCUAUUUAAACUAUAUUCUGCUGUUAACCUCACAAGUCUUUCUCCUGAGAGAAAGAAGGAAUUGGUUUUGAACUACUGCCAUCUAGCUGGUCUUUUGAGCUUGUCAAUAAUUUAGAAGAAACAUCUAAACCACAGAUGAGAUCAACCUGAAAAGAAUUAGUUGUCUGAACUCAGAUAAGAAGGCAUUGGUUUUCAGAUGUUUACAUGAAUAUCAUCUGAACAAGACAAGAUCACUGCUAAGUUCCAGACCUGUUGUGAGUUGAACUGUUAGUCCCACUGACAGUUUUUCAGCCUUUUUUAUUUUUUUAUAUCCUCCAAUAAGUAUAUCAUGUUAUGUAUCAUAACUUGGGACUUUUAUCCAUCACAAGCCAUUUACAAUGGGAAUUCUGAGAAACCUAGUGUUAUUGAAUGAAGGAGAAGCUGUUUGUCCGUGUGUUUACUUUGUUCUCACUGUUCAUUAAACUACAAGAUUUGGUAGUUCUUGAAAAAAAAUAAAUCAGAGGCGUAUAAAUAUCUAUCCAAAGGUAAAUCCUACAGAAUUGCUAUUUCUUUCUGGAACUUAGCUUGUGGUGUAUACAACCUGAAAGUGUUAGGUAGCCAUAUACAUAAAACAUACAUUCAGAUUAAUGUUUCAUAUGAAAGAAUGUAUUUGUAAAUUGUAACAUCAUUAAUAGUUACUUUAUCUUUUUACAGUUCUGCAAAGAAUAAAAAUAAUGUAUUGUUAGACUUGACUACUGUACUGCAAUCUGUCUUAAAAGACUACUUUUGUGUCUAGUAAAAGUUGUACAUUACGUGAAAUAUUAACACAAAGUGAUCUUAAAAGUAGGUGGGUUUUACUAUGAUAUGCCAGAAUUGUAAAACUUGCUGGUAUCUAUUGUAACCAAUUUCUUGAAAGUUCUCAAAGAUGUAGAAAUUAUUUUUUGCCAUUCUGGGGGAAAAAAAAAAAAAGGGACCUGCUCUCUUGAGUCAUUACUGGCAACCCUGAUCUUGUCAUUAAAUAAUUAACUGUGAUCAAAGCAAAACUGUCCUUGUAUUAUGUAUUAUUGAAGUUAUCUAUUCAGGAUAUGAAUUAUUUUUAAGUAACAUUUUUAUCUUUCACUCUAUAAAACUGAAUAAAAAAUAGCUUCUGCAGUAAGUAUGAAAUCUUUCAAGAGAAAAAGUACUGUAAUUAAAAAAUAAGUAAUGGGAACUGUGUUCUUGCAGGUUCCAGACAGUGGUUAACACAAGUUUAAGUUUACAUCUUUACUUAAAGGCUGUACAGGUUAAAAAAGAACGUCUGUGUUAAUUUAUUCUCAAUCUGCUGUAAAGUGCUUAUUUUCAAAUUGUUUUAUUUUGGAUAUCUAAUUUUAUUGAUACAUUUUUGUCGAAGUGAAAGCAAUUUUAUUGCCAUAUGGGAGUAUAAGCAUAAAGGUAGAAUUCUUGUUCACACAAAGUAGCAUUCCCAUAUGUUCAAAUGAGGGCUACCUGCAGAAGAUGAGUGUGUUGCAGAAUAUGGUUGCUGUCAUGCUCCUCAAGGCACAAUAUUUGACUGACAAAAAUCAAAUAAAUAUCUUUGCAGUGUUGCUAAUUAAUAUUUUAUUAGCUCUGCAGAAAUUCCUUGUCCUGUAGUGAUAUUGAGUGACAGCUUCUAGUAUCUGCUGCCUUUAAAUCUGGAAUUUUUCAGUUUUGAGACUUGUAAAAAUAUUAGUACUGAAAUGACACAAAGCCUCUAUCUCAGUUUUCUUAAUUUACUGCAUAGUUUCUAUCUGAAAAGCAUCACAGUGGGAUUAGUGGCUGACAGCUCAUUCUAUAAAUUGCAAUGACUACUCAAACCACUUUAGUGUAACAAAUUUCCAGUCAAAUUCCUUUAUUGGCAAAUGCUAAUUCCCGUCUUACUGGAAGUUUUGUUAAAAUCUGUCAUAAUUUUGACAUCCAAGGAUUGUAAAGCAACAGAGUAGCAUUUGGCCAGGCACUGAGUGAUUCCCCAAGUCAGGCUGCAAGUGCAGCUACUUUUGUCAGGGGAAUCUAGAAAUAUCACCCAAAAAAAUAGUUUCAGGAUUUUUCUUGCUAGUAAAGUCAGUGUCUAACAAUGAUGGAAAAGCUGUGGGAAUGGUAGCAGUAAGGUAUUUUAUGUUUGUAAAUUGAAAAGAAUGAAGAGCUGUAUAGAAUUGCUAGAGAGUACAGAGCAUAGGGUUUCUAGGAGGUGAUGAUGUUGUUUUGCAUAAGCCAAAAUAUAGGCUUGUUUGUAUAAUCAUAGACUGCCUAGAUAUUUUUUAUGAGAUUUUUAUGAGUUCCAGCACAGUGUAUUGAAUGGGAUGUACAGAAACCAGCAUACUGUCCAGGAAAUCUUAAAAAAAAAAAAAAAAGAGAGAGAGAAAAGAAAAAAAAUAUGCAUGUACACUGAAGAUUUUAUGAUGGCUAGAACAUAUGUAAGGUAUUAGAAACACUUACUGGAGCAAGUUAGCAAAAUCACAUUUGUAUGUGAAAAUACUUUAUUUGCCAGACUUACCCUGGGGAUAACUACUUUAACAUAAAAAUAUAACGAUAUGUUCAAAUGAAAGAGAAGAACAUCUUCCAGUAAGAAGAUACAAGUCCAGUAGCUUUCAACCCUUAUCAACUAUAGCUGAACGCUAGAAAAAUGUUAUAGGCACAUCACUACAAGCAAUUCAGAUACCAGGGUUUAAAGAGUUCCUCAGUUCCAUUCUGACAACUAACUGCUUUAUUGGCAAAGCCAGGAGACAAACUAACUUGAAGUACUUUUGUGGAUACCUAGCCUUUGUGUUUCAAGCAAGUGUGAUUUAUUUCACAAAUAGGAAUUCUAAUAGAAUCUACACGGCUUGACCUGCAAGUUAAGCUUGCUUGACAUAGUAUGGCAGAAGUCACAUAGCCAUAACUUAAUGGUUGUCAUUUUAGUUUUUGCAAUUACACUGGUUUGCAUUAUCAUUCUUUUUCUCCCUUUUCUGAACUUCCGCCCAAUAAAGCAUUUCCAUUCUCUGUAAGUGCAGAUAAGAGAUUUAGUUAGUUGUCAUAUAUAUUUUUUCUAGACGUUAGUACCACAAAUGUAAUCAAGGUAAAUGCUUAGCUGGUUUUGCUGCAGUAAACGGAGUUCUUCAUGGAAGCUCCGUUUUUCUAUGGAUUUUUGAAGAGUCUCUCAGAAAGGCUUUGAAGAAUGACAUAAAUGUUCUGUGCAGGAAGUUUGCUGAGCUGAAAAAAAAAAACCUAAAAAAUGUAUAAUCAACAAUUCUUGUUAAUUCUAUUACAUUAAUUACUAUAAACAAAAAUGAUGAUGUGUGUUCUUUCUUAUCUGUUGUGUAUGGAAUGGUAUCUUAGAGGAGAUUCAGAAAAAUUUCAAUCUCUCAGUUUGAAAAGGUAGAGCAUAUUCCCAUAGUGACUUUUAAUGUCUUCCAUAAACUCUUGUGUACAGGAAAAAAAUUAAUUCUUCAGUUAUUGGUAUUGAAAAUAUGUGCAACUGUAACUUGUGAGAGUGUGGAAGGGGUGUUUUAGAAGUUUCUAAUCUAUCAGAGUUUAAAAUUAAUUUUAGCCGUUAGAAUACACUUCUUUCAUGUGAGCUGAUAGUUAAAAUUGACUUACAAUCAGCGAUAAGCUUGGCCCCUUCUGGAUCUGACGCUUUAGUUUCUAAAGUGGAACAUUAGCUUGGAUGUGUGCUUUUUGUUAGCUAUGGACUUUUUCUUCUCCUCCUUUGCUUACCUUUGCUUUCUUCCCAAAGAAUGAAAUGUGGACUAUGUAGAAUGGUAGUGAGUCACACACUUUGAAGCUCUUUUGAGAUAACUAGGGAAAAGAGAAGGUGGGAUGUGUAGCUCAGUGCAUUUUCCUUUAGUCUUGACAGCCCAAAUAGAUUAAGACUCCCCCACCUGACACAAUAAAUCAAAUCAUUUAAAACUCCUUUGAAAAGACUGGAAAGUUAAUAUUCUUUGUCUCAAUGUAUGAAUUUCAUGACGUAAUUACUUCUGUGAGCACCAUAAAAUGAUUUAGCAACUGUAGGAAAAAAAUGCUAGAAGGAAUAAAAGUAUAGUUCUUUCUAGUCUAGCAUUAGGCGAGGGAUUACCACAGAGUAUUUGCUGUAAGAGGAAAAAGAGACUUCCCAAGCUUUCUGGAGCAUCUAAGGAAGAGACAUGAAAAAAUGUACUGUCUUACUUGUAAUGGUAGUUAAAGCUAGAAUUCCAAUGUCAACAUCAGGAGAAUUAAAAAUUAAUUUUGUUGAUUCUGUAACUUUAAAGUUAAGUAGACAAGACAGUGCAUGCACUGGAUUAAUGUCAUGAUCAUUAAUCCUUGCAGUCACCAGAGUCAGUUUCAUUUUACGAUAAAUUACAUCUUUAUUGAUUUGCAAACAAAACAAUGUUUUGAUGACACAGGCAGGAGGGAGCCUCUGUUUUGAGGUUUAGUUUAGUUUUGGUUUAGAGAGGUUUUUAUCUGUGUUUCCCUGGUUGUGUAUUUGCAGUUUUCUAUGAAAGUAACAGCUGAUUUUUAUGCCAACACUUGUCUCCCAAGCACCGUCCCUGGGGUCCAGAAUCAACUGGAUUUGUGCAAGUCUCAUUCACACCCAGAUAAUACUUGUUUGUGUCUUUGUAUGGAAAGUAAACCAAUUCACAGAAGCACAAAGUGAAUAUGUAGAAAUUCUAUUACACAUGCAACACUCAUGUACAAAUCCUCCAUUUUCUAAGGAGUUCUGUAUCCCAUAUCGCAGAUUAUUUGUAUCUCAGUAAGAUAAAAGAUGAAGUCACCUGCAGAAAGCAACUGUCAAAAAAGAAAAUAUCUUCUUGGAAAAUUAUUUCUGAAGCAAUAGGAUAGUUGUCUACUAGAUAAUAAAUCCUUUCAUGAGCUUAACUAUUAGUUCAGAAUCCACUGUUUUCUGAAGAAAUACAUAAAGAAUGAGCUGGUAUUAGAAAACUUAUUUUCUCCCUAGUUGGAACUCAGUGGUGAGGUCAGGCUGAAUGGUUGGAUUUUUUUCCCUUCUACAGUUUUCCAACCAUAUCACUCUAGUUUUUUUUAAAAAAAAAAAAAAAUCUGGAAAUCACUUUUAGUUCUAAAUAUCACUAAUUAAGUUGUUGACAGUAAGUCAAAGAAAUGAUGACUUGAAGAAGAGAGAAUAAUUCACUGCCAAAUAAUUCUUGUUCCUGCACAAUACCAAUUACAUCCGGAGCUGCAGAGUAGAGGUCAUGAUCUAUAGUCUUUGAAAUUUGUUAACAAUAUCAUAAUUAGACUGAACUUCUUCACAGUGCUUUUCUGUCCCAAAUUAAAGCACAACUAUUGACUCUGAAGGAGAGGCAUCCUAACCAAUCAUCCAAGUGAAAAAGCAAAAUAAUAGUGCUGUAGUUUCCUUUUUCAAAAAUCAGUGUAUAUGUGAAUUUAUACAUAUAGUUCCUAUAGCAUUAGUCACUUGAAGCAAUUAAAAUUGAUAAACAGCUACACUGUGCCAGCAGUAUGCUCUUGUGGCCAAGAAGGCCAAUGGCAUCCUGGGGUGUUUUAGAAGGGCUGAGGGCAGUAGGUCAAGAGAGAUUCUCCUCCCCCUCUACUCUGCCUUCAUGAGACAGCAUCUGGAAUAUUGUGUCUAGUUCUGGGCCCCUCAGUUCAAGAAGGACAGGGAGCUGCUGGAGAGAGUUCAGCGCAGGGCCACCAAGAUGAUGAAAGGAGUGGAACAUCUGCCUUAUGAUGAAAGGCUGAGGGAGCUGGGGCUCUUUAGCUUGGAGAAGAGGAGACUGAAUGGUGUUCUUAUUAAUGUUUAUAAAUAUGUAAAGGAUGGGUGUCAGGAGGAUGGAGCCAGGCUCUUCUAAAUGAUGGCCAAUGAUAGGACAAAGGCCAGUAAGUACAAGAUGGAACAUAAGAUGUUCAGAAGAAACAUAAGGAAGAAUUUCUUCACUGUUUAGGUGAAGAAAUUGUACUGAGUACUGGAACAGGCUGCCCAGAUGGGUUGUGGAGUCUGCUUCUCUGAAGACAUUGAAAACCCACCUGGAUGAGUUCCUAUGUAACCUACUCUAAAUUGCCCUGCUGUGGCAGGGCGGUUGGACUAGAUGACCUUUUGAAGUCCCUUCUGACCCCUAAGAAUCUGGCAUUCUGUGACCUUCAACUAAGAAGCCAAUCCAAACUGCUGUGUGAUGUGUGUUCUUUAAUUACCCAAGUCAUCAUGUUGAUAUUUACUCUACCUUUAGAAAUACAGAUAUAUGGCAUUUAUGUAAGUUUCUAUGGAUACCUGCUAUGCAAAUUUACCCAGAAAGGUAUUAAUAAUGCCUGGUCAACUUCCCAUGAGAGAAAAAAAAAAGAAGAAAACCCCUCAAAACCUGAAUUUUGGAAUUUUUUAUUUUAGUUUCUUUUGAAAAAUGCAGCUCUAGAAAUUUUAUAGGAAUACAAUGCAAAGGAUCAAAAAAAUUAUAAUGAACUUGAUUUUCACUUCUGGCAAACAGGGCACCUGGCUUACAGAAAGUGGUAAAGAGAAGAAUAGAUUGAGUGUUUUUUCUUGGAGAAAUGUUCAAAUCUAAAAAUAAUCUAAGGUUCAAAACCACAAAUAUUAAGAUUGUAUUUGGGAGUGAAACAAGUUUAAAAAAUGCCAAUAAAGUAUAUUGACCUGUUCCAGGAAACAAAAAUACUGGGCAGAACUUGAAUAAUAUAAUAGAACAAACACUUAAGGCACUGUAGUAUUUAUUGAGUUCAAUGAUAUCUGAAUAUCUCAUAAAAGAAAAUAAGCAGAGUUGUCAGCCAGCUCUCAUAUGCAAAGAAAAUGCAGUCAUUAAGAAAGAGCAAUAACAGUCUAAUGUUGUUUAGUUACCUGCACCCUGUAAAUACGUUGAAAAUGUCUUUGAUUUAUAUGUUGGAUUGAGGGAGUUGCUGGACAUCUU